UACAGGACGCCGGAGCGUCACGGGAGCUGACGAGGUAAACUGCCCGGCGGGCAGGUAAUCCCGAGCGGGCUGCGCGGCCGCCACCCUCGGUCCGACCCAGCCUGACCCCGCCCUGCGCGCCCGGCCCGGCAUGUCCCCUCGGCGCCCUGUCCUACGGGGACCCACCUCCGCUGUGAGAAGGGGUCCGAACGCCGGGUGUGCAUAAGGAUGGAAGCCCUGUUUCCUCGCUAGCAGACUGUUUACUGCUCUAUCUCAUGAACCUACAUGAUCUUGGGGGAAGAGCCUGUUUAAUGAUGACAAACCUGUCACCAGUGUAGCGACAACAGUCUAAAGGCAAAAACAAGUAAAGAAGCAUUUACAUUUAUAUUCAACAGAGAAGUCAUUUCAGUCAACAACUUCUGCUGCAUCAUUGUUGCAAGAUGAACCGGUACACGACCAUGAGACAGCUCGGGGACGGCACCUAUGGGAGCGUGCUGAUGGGCAAGAGCAACGAAUCUGGGGAGCUGGUAGCCAUCAAAAGGAUGAAGAGGAAGUUCUAUUCUUGGGAUGAAUGUAUGAACUUGAGAGAAGUUAAGUCUCUGAAGAAACUUAACCAUGCCAAUGUGAUUAAACUGAAAGAAGUUAUCAGAGAAAAUGACCAUCUUUAUUUUAUAUUUGAAUAUAUGAAAGAAAACCUCUAUCAAUUAAUGAAAGACAGAAACAAGUUGUUCCCUGAGUCAGUUAUCAGAAAUAUUAUGUAUCAAAUAUUGCAAGGGCUGGCAUUUAUCCAUAAACAUGGUUUUUUUCAUAGGGAUAUGAAACCAGAAAACUUGCUCUGUAUGGGUCCAGAACUUGUGAAAAUUGCUGAUUUUGGACUUGCAAGAGAAUUAAGGUCACAGCCACCAUAUACUGAUUAUGUAUCUACCAGAUGGUAUCGUGCUCCUGAAGUUUUAUUAAGAUCUUCAGUUUAUAGCUCUCCCAUUGAUAUGUGGGCCGUUGGGAGUAUAAUGGCUGAACUAUACACAUUAAGACCACUUUUCCCAGGGACAAGUGAGGUUGAUGAAAUCUUUAAGAUUUGCCAAGUUUUAGGGACUCCCAAAAAAAGUGACUGGCCAGAAGGGUACCAGCUUGCGUCCUCUAUGAAUUUCCGCUUUCCUCAGUGCGUUCCUAUAAACUUAAAAACUCUUAUUCCCAAUGCCAGUAAUGAAGCUAUUCAGCUUAUGACUGAAAUGUUGAACUGGGAUCCAAAGAAACGGCCAACAGCAAGCCAGGCAUUGAAACACCCAUAUUUUCAAGUUGGUCAUGUACUAGGCCCUUCCUCACAUCAUCUGGAAUUGAGAGAGUAUUUAAAAAAGCCGGUUCAGCCACUACAACUGAAGCCAUCUUUAGUGGAUCUAGAACCUAAGCCUCUGGCAGACGUAAGUGAUCAGACUGUAGGGCAGCCCCAGCCGAGAAACAGCCACCAGCCACUGAAGCCCAUCCAGCUGCCACAGAACGUGAGCGUCCAGCAAGCACCAAAGCUGCAGAGUCACCAGAAACCAGGGCAAACGCUGUUUCCAAGUAUCGUCAAAAACAUGCCAACCAAGCCAAAUGGCACCCUGGGUCAUAAAAAUGCUAGAAGGCGUUGGGGCCAGACCGUGUUCAAGUCUAGAGACAACUGGCAGGAGUUUGAGGAUGGUGAUUUUGGAGCCUCCCAUUCCAAGAAGGCAAGCAUGGGUGUUUUCAAAGAAAAGAGGAGAAAGGAUUCUCCAUUUCGACUUCCAGAGUCCAUACCCUCAGGCUCCAGUCACUCACCAGGGGAAAAUAAGAGUUUACCAGCUGCCGGUUCCCUAAAAUCUGACUCUGAAUUGUCAACUGCUUCAACAGCUAAACAGUACUACUUGAAACAAUCAAGAUACCUUCCAGGUGUAAAUCCCAAGAAUGUGUCCUUGGUAGCCAGUGGAAAGGAUAUAAACCCAUACAUUUGGAAUAACCAGUUAUUUCCAAAGUCAUUGGGACGCACUGGGGCAGAACUUGCUUUCAAAAGGAGUAAUGCAGGCAAUCUUGGAAGUUACGCUACUUACAAUCAGUCAGGAUAUAUUCCUUCCUUUCUCAAAAAAGAAGUGGGGUCAGCUGGCCAGAGGAUACACUUAGCACCUUUUGGUGCAAUGGCUUCAGAAUAUACCUGGAACGUGAAAACUGGUCGGGGGCAGUUUUCAGGACCUGCUUACAAUCCUACAACCAAGAAUCUAAAUAUUGUGAACCGUGCGCAGCAAGUUCCCUCCGUGCACGGGAGGACAGACUGGGUGGCCAAGUAUGGAGGCCACCGGUAGGUCGGAUGUGAAACCCCACAGCAUUGCUCGAUAGCAUCCUUGCAAGUCCCCUGACACUGGGAAAUGUCUCCAGAUGUUUAUUUCUACUGAGUUCUGGAAGAAAUAUGUGCUAGUGGGUACUCCGAAAAGCAAAAAUCAUCUCCAUUUUCUUUCUUUCCUAGAAAUGAAAUGCAUUUUCUUAGCAUUGCAGUCCACAGUGCUGAUAGGUAGGACUUUAUAAAGUAUUGAAUAAAGUAUUUGCCAAAGCAUCAAGUAUUUGAUCUAUAGUUACUAAGUACGGCUAGCAGCUUUUUAAAAAAUGCCUCCAGAAAGUGUUUAGUGUUUUACUUUUCAUUUGUUGUGUAUUUGCCUAAACUGUUUCACCAACUGGCCUCCCAAGUUUGUUUUUUUAUAGCACGUGGGAAGGCCUCUGUGGGCUGUCAGUUACGCUUACUUGGCUAACGCUCCACCCUAUCAGUUUGGUAAUGGCAGAAAGAUGCACAUUUAUCAUCUGUUCUUUUAUUUUGAAAUUACAGAAGUAAUGGUUAAUUCCAACCUUGAGCAGGAUAUCUUUCUUAAAAAUGAAUUUAUCUCUAGGAUAAAGAUUUUGAAAUUAUGCCUGAUUUUAGUGGAGAAUCUGUUAUUUGAUUUUGACCAAUACAAUUGCUCUGAAUUCAGGGGACUGUCAAACCAAUGGCUUGGAUGACUCCCUAACCAGCCAAGUCAAGGUUCUCUCAUCUUCAUGCCCUUGAGUUCUUGAAACUGUUAUGUGUGUUCAUCACACUUUCAAAAGACUCUGUUUCCGUCUUCCUACUAGACACACAGUGUGCCAGCCGGUCCCCAAAGCAAACUCUUGCUGCUGCUGAUCACUGACUCAGCUCUGACCUGCACAGUUGCACUGAAGAGCAAAUGCAUUCAGUUGCUAGAGCAGUGAUUUCAUGUUAGUGCAUAUGUGUAUUUUUGUUUUAUUUCUAAACUAGUAUUUAAAAUAGAUAGUUUGAACUUAGAACUUUUCUAUUUAAACCUGCCAUUUUAUGGACUGGACAUUAGUACUGUAUAUUCUUGUUAAAUAAUAAUAAUGUUAUCAACUGUUGAUAUCUUUAUGUAUUUUAUGACUUUGUAACAAGUGCUAAUAUAAUUGGUAUCCUCUUGAUAUUAUCCAAAGGCCCACUGAUAAUGAUUAUUUUUUUACAGAAGAUUCAGCUCACCUUUUUGAAAAACCUUGAAGUUUAUAGAGUUAAUUUAUGUUGGGGAAUGGUUACAUAUAUUUGUACAGUUUUAAUUAAUAUUACAAAAAAGUUAUUUUGUGUUGCUGUGGAGCUUUUAAACUCUGAAUAGAUAUUUUAAAAAUAUGGUAAAUGUUUUCUUUACAUUUUUAUACUACAUACACUCUGAAGCCUAUUUGUUGUUUGAAUUAUAGACUUUUUUGUUUUUAUGGCAGUUUUAUGUGUAUGGAGAAACUCACUGGAAAGUACAGAGUUUCCAUAUACCCCUCACCUCCCUCUACUCAAUAUUAUGUAUAAUUAACAUCUUGUAUUAGUGUGGAACGUUGUAAGUAAUGAACCAGUAUCGAUACAUGAACUGAAGCCAAGUUUAAUUAGGGAGGGUCGUUCUUUGUGCUGUAUAUUUUGUGGGUUUGGACAAAAUGUAUAAUGACAUGUACCCACCAUUACAAUAUCAUACAGAAUAGUUUCACAGCCCUAAAAAUCCCAUGUUCUACCCAUUCAAUUUUUUUCCCUCCUCCCAAACUUCUGGCAACCACUAU